AUGGCUAGUUACACCUCAAGACUAUCAAAAACCCUAGGGCGGCCUGCGCCUUCUGAGAAGCCUACAAAACCUCUCGUCCUCCUUUGUGAUGGAACUUGGUGUGGUCGAGAGACAGAUACUCACACUAAUAUUCUUGAGCUCGCGAGAAUAAUGGGAGUUGAAGAAAAUCCUGACAGAGUCUUCUACCUUGAGGGGGUAGGCAUUGGAGCUGCUAUGCCAUACAGUUACGUCUUUAAUGGUGUUACAGCGCAAGACAUUGCCAGCCAGUGCAUAGAAGCUUACAAAUUCAUUGUCAAAAAUUAUACCUAUCCAGAUCACGAAAUCUGGAUGUUUGGUCUAUCCCGAGGUGCCUACCUGGCUAGAGCAGUUGCUGGCAUGAUUAACAACUGUGGAAUUGUUAAACCGGUAAAGGUGAAUGGGGUUAUUGAUGAACUACAAACCCAUACACUUUGCGAAGCUGUAUACAAUAACUACCGUUCCCCUUAUCCUAUCAACAGACCGCACUCUGUUCAGUCGCAAAUCUUCCGACAGGAAAAGUCCUGGCCACUCAUUGGUGAUGAGGACCCAGACAAACCGAUGGCUCCAAGAUUCAUUCCUCCUGUGAAAUUCAUGGGACUCUUUGACACUGUUGGAAGCCUGGGACUACCAAACUUUACCGGAGGCUUGGGCCUGGAUUGGCCAGCCUUCUAUGAUCAAAAUGUCUCCAGCGCUGUCGAAAAUGUGUACCAUGCUGUAUCACUGCACGACAGAAUGUACGCUUUUCAACCUUGCCUUGUGAGUCGAAACGAGAAUAUUCAUCGUCAGGGCUUGGAAGACUUUGGCGUUACAAAGCAGGAGUGGCUCCCAGGCGUGCAUUAUGACCUUGGUCGCCAAAGAUUCAGAUUUCUUCGUGAAUUUGGCGGCGGCUAUCUUGAGGACUUCCUGGCAAGGUUCAAAUUUGCCAGUAAGGUCAUUGAACCAAACGAGGUGCUCGCUGACUUUGCCCUACGCUGGAUGCUGUUCGCUAUCCGCGCUCACAAUCCCCAAGCACGCGCUGCAUAUCAUAUAAUACCGGAAAUUGACACCUACAUUGAGUAUGUGACCAAUGGUAUUAUAGAAAAAGCUCAAGUUCCUGGCCGAAUUGGGGACGGUGACGUUUAUGGCCAUGUACUUGAAUUUGCGCCUUUCGGAUCAGCCAUCUUGGAUAUUAUGAGAGCGCUAAGAGGCACUAGAGAGAAAGUCUCCGCUAUAUAUCAACUUUUCUUUAAUCUACGGGAUCGCCUUAUACCAGAUCGCAAUGCGACUGUCUACGAUUUUCGCGACCCUGACCCAGGUAUUGGGAGAUCUAUUAUGGAUCUUGGGGUUGUUUGCGAGCAUCGGUAUCCGUCAAAAACGUACACGAAGUGGGAAUUGAUGCACUAG